GAUAACCAGAAACUGUUUCAACAAACUAAACAAAAAACUGUUUUAUUUUUCAGCUAAUACGUCAGGCUUCUCUUUAAUAUGAUUCAUCUUUUUGAGUUUUAAUUUCAGAUUGAAGGUUCGAGAAAUUUAAGAUUUGAAGGUAUUGAUUACUAACCGGAGAGGUGAUAACUUGCUCUGGAGUACUGCUGCAUUUGGUUAUUCAUUUGUUUCUGCAUUCACUAUGGCUGAGGAGAUUUCCAUGGCAGCCACGGCAGGAGUUGGAGGGGAAGAGACGCCAUUGUCUUCACCCAAGAGUAAAGUUAAGUUCUUGGUCAGCCAUGGCGGGAAAAUAUUGCCUAGACUUCCGGACGGUCAGCUUAAAUACGUUGGUGGUGAGACUCGAGUUGUCGUUGUUCCUCGUGACAUCAGUUUCUCAGAGCUUAUGAAGAAGCUUAAUAACCUCGCCAACGGUGAAAUGGUUCUCAAAUACCAAGUUAUACCAGAGGACUUGGAUAUCUUAGUCUCCGUAAAAUGCGAUGAGGAUCUUCGCCACAUGCUCAAUGAGUACGAUCGUUGGGAUGUGAAAUCAUCUGAAAGCCGAGGUACGCCCAGGCUUCGAGCUUUCCUAUUCCCCGUUACUCCACUCUUCAUUGAUCCCCAAAAUGUUCCAAGCAAUUUUGACAGAGUUAAUAUGGAACAGCGUUACAUAAACGCAAUUAAUGGUGCUAAUUCAAGUAUGCUAAGGCGUAGCUCUAGCAAUGGCAGUCGGUCCAUUUUCAGCAUUUCCUCAACUGCAUCAUCCCCGAGAUCGAUACAACAUGAAGGCUAUCCUUUCGAUACUAUCAACCACGAGUGUUAUGCUUCACAUAGCUAUCAAAAUAAUUGUAACAAGGCAGAGCUGCACAGAGUCAAUAGUUCCCCAUCCUUGCACCAUUAUAAUCAAACUCACCACAACCAAAUUUACCAGGCAACAAAGCCACCUAAUCUAUACAAAAGUGGUGCUCAUCAACACUUAGUAACGGCGAUAUCGGCUGACCGCCAUGAGCUUGGGAGGUUUCAUCAGCUGGAUCCUUGCCCUAUCCGGUACUACAAUCCAAAUAGACAAUCAAGAGGAAGAUGUGGCUGUAUGGGUUAUGGAGAUGUUGAUGAGUGUAGUGUUUAUAAGAGUGGAAAUGUUGAUUUGUAGAUGGUUUUCAUCACAACCCAAUGAAUUUGGUCUACACAGAGAGCUUCCACUCAAAGUUGCUUUAUUGUAAAUAUCAGUGGCAGGAAAGUAACUUAGCAAGGUAAGAUGAAUCUGCCCAAUGAAAGAACAAGAUAAAAGAAACAAACACAGUAAGAUAAGAUUAGAUAAACUGAAUGAAAGCAAAGUAGUAGUUUAAAAUGUUUACUGUUUCGUGAAUCGUAUUUGUAAAGAAAGAAAAACAUGUAUAAAGAUGUGUUCCCACUUUUAGGUUGUUUACAGUGCGAGUUUAGGGAUCAAUAUUCUUAGUUCUAGUUAUGUUCUGUAUAUACAUACCUGGAAGAGGUGAAGCUUUAAAGAUGUGGUUGUGUGUAUAGAAAAGAAACCCUAAAGAGAAGCUUGGCAUCAUAAACAUUUAUUUGUCUUUGGUUA